CCGCUCGGAUAUUUCAUAUUCCUCUACGGCCUGAAGCAAGCGCUGGGCAACUACCCGAUCUGGUGGUCCCUGGCUGUCGGGCCCCAGUACUCAUCUCUGGGGACGCAGCCCAUCCUCUGCGCCAGCAUCCCAGGCCUGGUCCCCAAGCAGCUGCGUUUCUGCCGGAACUAUGUGGAGAUCAUGCCCAGUGUGGCAGAGGGCAUCAAGAUCAGCAUCCAGGAGUGCCAACACCAGUUCCGUGGCCGCCGGUGGAACUGCACCACUGUCAACAACAGCCUGGCCAUCUUUGGCCCUGUGCUGGACAAAGCCACCCGGGAGUCCGCCUUUGUGCACGCCAUCGCUUCCGCCGGCGUAGCCUUCGCUGUGACACGCUCGUGCGCCGAGGGCUCCGCUGCCAUCUGCGGCUGCAGCAGCCGCCACCAGGGCUCGCCCGGUGAGGGCUGGAAGUGGGGCGGCUGCAGUGAGGACAUCGAGUUCGGAGGGAUGGUGUCUCGGGAGUUCGCAGACGCGCGGGAGAACCGACCAGACGCUCGCUCCGCCAUGAACCGCCACAACAAUGAGGCUGGGCGCCAGGCCAUCGCCAGCCACAUGCACCUCAAGUGCAAGUGCCAUGGGCUCUCGGGCAGCUGUGAGGUGAAGACCUGCUGGUGGUCGCAGCCCGACUUCCGUGCCAUUGGUGACUUCCUCAAGGACAAGUAUGACAGCGCCUCGGAGAUGGUGGUGGAGAAGCACCGCGAGUCGCGCGGCUGGGUGGAGACCCUGCGGCCACGCUACACCUACUUCAAGGUGCCCACAGAGCGCGACCUGGUCUACUACGAGGCCUCGCCCAACUUCUGUGAGCCCAACCCCGAGACGGGAUCCUUCGGCACGCGCGACCGCACCUGCAACGUGAGCUCGCACGGCAUAGAUGGCUGCGACCUGCUGUGCUGCGGUCGCGGCCACAACGCGCGCACCGAGCGGCGCAGGGAGAAGUGCCACUGCGUUUUCCACUGGUGCUGCUACGUGAGCUGCCAGGAGUGCGCGCGCAUCUACGACGUGCACACCUGCAAGUAGUGGGCGCCGCACCGGGCUGGGGGUCCUCCCGGUGGCAGCGGGGAGACUCCUCCAUGGAUGGGGCGGGGCUCUGGGAUGGAGCUCCUGGAGGGUGGCGGGGUCCUCCGUGGUAGGGCAGGGGUGAGGCUCAUGAGUGGGAUGGAGUUCUUCCCGACAGGUGUGGGGCCCUUCCUGGGGUGAAACUCCAGGGAUGGGGCUCCUGGAGGGUGGCGGGGUCCUCUCUGGGGGCGGGGCUCCAGGGGUGGGGAUUUAGCCUGCCAUUACCUUCCUCCCAAGACCACAUGUUUCCCUCCACCUGACCUCGUCGUGUAGAGCAGUAUCUCCUGGCAGAAUGAGCUGUGGAGAACCUGUGGGGGGCAUCUUGUCCCCUUACCCUUCCCACUAAGGUACGAGGCCCAUCCUACAACGAUUCAGGUGCCUGGAGGCCUGUGGCACUCCUUCCUCAGUCUGAUACCUGCCAACGCUCUCAACCAGGAACCCUAUCAGGGAGAGCCUUUGCUGUGCAGAACCACAAGAACCACAUGGGCUUGGGUGAAGGAGACAGGGCCUGACGGCAGUAGGCUGAGACAGGGCCUGGAACACGAGGCCUGGCUCUGUCCUGGCUGCCCUGUGCUGGGCAGCAGACACCCAGGCCCCGGCAAGGUGCCACUCAGCCUGGUCUGCUGUGCCUUCUACUUUGCAGCUGACAGAAACUCCUGCGCCUGGCUCUCCCUCCUCCCUGUCUUCACAUUCCCACUUGCACCCCAUCACAUCCACAGAAGAGGAGCAAAACCUGCUGUUCCAGUCUUGCUGUUGCCUCCCUCUUGGCCUAGCACCUCUCUCCACCUCCCUCAUUCGCAGCCCCUUGUAAGCGGAAGGCAAGAAGGGAGCCACUGGCCUGUACUGCUGUCCAGGUCGUACUCAGCUCCAUACCCUGCCUUGGAGGCUCACUUUGGGUUGGGUUGUUUGGGAGAUUGGGAGUCGGGGGGUGAUCCCACACUGGUGCUGCAGACAAAGGACCCAAAGACCCCAGAGGACUGGUCUCCUUCCCAGCCCCUCAUAGCCAGGACGGACCCCCAGGUCCUGCUGCUGUGGCUAUGGUACAUCAGACCUACCCGCCACUGGCCACUGUUGUGGAGCCUCUGGUUGGCCGCUUGACUUGGCUCUGCUCACGUCUGACUCAUCCAUCCUGUCUGAGAAUGAGCGAGACUGAUGGACCUCUCAACCAAUGCCCACAGGGGCUUCCUGCCAGGUGCUGCCAUGCCAAGACCUCUCCUCCUCAGCCUCUGCCACUGUGAAAUGUUGCCCAGCCCCCUGUCCCCGAGGCCCUACCCUCCAGGCAGGGGGAAGAGACAGUUGGGGCGGGGGGUGGGGAGGACAAGCUGCACGGCUCGCUAGGGAUACGACCUUCCUCUGCCUUGAAUUUUGCAUUUUUGGUUUUAAUUUUAUUUCCAAUGCUGCUAUAUCCACCAUACAUAGGAACUAGACAAACAGA